AUGGAGGAAAAGGCUGAGCUUCAGCAAGAGAAGCAAGUUGCUGAUAAUCCAAUUACUUGUUUGCAUGCCCAACUGUGCACUCAAGAACAGAGCUCUGCAUUGCUCCAAUUUAAGCAACAAUUUUCCUUCAAUAAUGAUGCUUCCUACGGUAACUGUGAUUCUGUCGGAAUCCAUUCUUACCCGAAGAUGGAGUCGUGGAAGGAGGGUUCUGAUUGUUGCUCAUGGGAUGGGGUCGAGUGUGACAACAACACAAGUCAAGUAAUUGGCCUCGACCUCAGUUGCAGCUGGCUCAACGGCACCAUCCACCCCAAUAGCACCAUCUUCAACUGCUUUCCUCACCUCCAAAGGCUCAACCUCGCUUUCAAUGACUUUGAUUUUUUACCUAAUGUAAAAAGUCUUCUUUAUUUAUUUGUUGAUUCAAAUAGCUUCAGCGGUCCAUUUCCAUCAUUGGGUGCAAACCUAACAAAACUUGCCGAGUUAGAUUUGUCGAACAAUCAGGUAAGAGGACCUCUUCCAUCACAAAUAAUUGGACUUCCAAAUCUAGCGCGGUUAAGUUUAGGUGAUAACUUAAUCAACGGUACAAUUCCAUCUUGGGUCUUUAGCUUACCAGCAUUGGGGUACUUCAACCUCAGUAAUAACAAAUUGACUGGCCAUGUAAAAGAGUUCAAAUCCACUCAUUUAACUGUUGUUGAUUUGAGCAAUAACAACCUACAUGGUAGGUUUCCAAGUUCAACCUUCAAACUCAUGAACCUUUCUAGUCUCAUUCUUUCAUCAAAUAACUUCAGUGGUGAGCUAGACAUGCUCUGUCAUGCAAUUUCCCUUCAAAUUCUUGUCCUAUCUAGUAAUAGCUUUAAUGGUUCUAUUCCACAAUGUUUAGGAAAUUUCAGCAAAUAUUUCUUUGUACUCGAUCUGCGGAAGAACAAUUUUUCUGGCACCAUUCCUGAUACAUUUGCAAAGGAAAAUUCCUUUGAAACUAUCAACCUUGAUAGCAAUGGAUUUGAGGGGCCAGUACCAAAAUCUUUAGUGAAUUGUGAAAGGCUACAAGUGCUAGACAUUGGACAUAACAAGUUCUCCAAUAAAUUUCCAUAUUGGUUGGGAAAUUUAACUUCACUACAAGUUUUAAUUUUGAGAUCUAACGAAUUCCAUGGACCUAUACCGAAUUCCAAGUUCAAAUUUCCCUUCCCCAACUUGCGAGUUAUGGAUUUAUCAAACAAUUAUUUUACUGGUCCAUUGCCAAUAAAAUAUUUCAAGAAUCUCAAUGCUAUGAUGAAUGAUCAACAAGUCCUAACCAUUUUCACUGCAAUUGAUUUAUCGAAAAACAAUUUCGAAGGUCAGAUUCCACAGAUCAUUGGAAAGUUAAAUUCGAUUCGAGGGCUCAACUUGUCUCACAAUAGCCUUACAGGGCAUAUACCAACAUCUCUUGCUAAUUUGACAAUGCUCGAAUGGUUAGACCUCUCUUCCAACAAACUCACUGGGGAGAUCCCUCAACAAUUAAGGAAUUUGAAAUUCCUUGAAGUCUUAAACGUUUCGCGGAAUCAACUAAUAGGACCGAUACCACAAGGCAACCAAUUUGAUACAUUUUCAAAUGAUUCCUACAUUGACAACUUGGCAUUAUGUGGACCUCCAUUGUUAAAUGCAUGCAAUCCAAGGACACCACAACCACCACCCUUGAUGUUUCAGCAAGAAGACAAUACUUCAAGUGGAUUCAAUUGGGAAGUCAUAUUACCGGGUUAUAUAUGUGGACUGGUGUGGGGACUUGUUAUGGGAUAUUUUAUGUUCUCUAGAGGAAAAUCUCAAUGGCUUGUGAGGAUCAUUGAAGGUGAACGAAGCAAAAGCGGAAAGAGAUUUAAAAAGUAUUCUCACAGUAACAGAGCAAGGUGA